AUGUCUCCGAUAAUUCCCAUUGGGUAUGCACAACAGUUCAGUGACAAGAAUGGGGGUGUCCCCAAUCUAGUAGAUAUCAACUCCGCUCAGAACCUUCUAAAUGACCUCAAUCUAUGUGAACCACCUUUGGUUGGGAGAAAAUUCACCUGGACCAACGGUCAAAUCGACCCAACUUGGGUUCGCCUUGAUCGUUUUCUUGUUAAUCCAGCUUGGAUCUCUCUUUUUCCUAGAGUUCAUCAAACAAGCCUCCCGAGAUUAGGAUUUGAUCAUGUUCCUUUAAGGUUGGAAGCUGGUGUUUUUCUUCCUAAGGUCAAGCGCUUCAGAUUCGAGCAAGUGUGGUUCUUGGAGAAUAAUUUGGGGGAACUUAUUCAAGAAUGGUGGUUGGAGAAUGCUCCGGAAGGUUGCGGGGCUUUCAUCCUAGCAAAAAAACUCAAGAGACUCAAAGGAAAACUAAGGGAGUGGGCCAAAGAGACCAGGAGUCUAACUCUUGAGGAGAAUCAAAGACAAAAUGAGUUGCUUACUUCUCUUAACACCCUGCUCAAACAAGAGGAGAUAUACUGGCGUCAAAGAUCUAGAGUCAAAUGGGUCAAAGAAGGAGAUGAAAACACUAAAUUCUUUCAUGCUUUUGCGAAUGGAAGGCGCAACAGGAAUUACAUCCCACGACUUCUAGUUAACAACAAUUUGGUGGAAGGAUCAAAGGAGUUAGGGCGAACCUUUGCUAAUCAUUUUCGAUCUUAUUUUGGAUCAAAUGAGGGGUUCCGCUUCUUAUUCUCUUGGAACACGCUCUAA